AUGGAGUGGUCAACCUACAUCUGGAUAGCAGUUGCCCUUUUCAUGCUCGCGCGCACGUUGCUCGCGGAUCGCUCGCCCAUCCCCGAGACGUCGGGCAAGGUCUUCAAGGUAUCCAGCGCUGCGGAGCUGGACACCGUCCUGGCCUCCAACAAACAUGUCGUGGUCGACUUUUACGCCGACUGGUGCCCUCCCUGCCGCGCCAUCGCGCCCAUCUUCUCCGAGCUGGCCGACAAGCACGCCUCCGACGGUCGCCUGGCCUUUGCCAAGGUGAAUGUUGACCACGUGAACGCGGUCGCCGGGCGGUACAGUGUCACUGCUAUGCCGACCUUUGUCUUCUUCCAAAACGGCAAACCCCAGGGUGUAAAUGUGGAGGGCUUCACUCCCAAGCAAACUGUUGUCAUGAGUAGUGAGGGACUGGUGGAAAGGGUGAGGGGUGCGGACAGGGCGAGCCUGCAAGCAGUUGUUCGGGCCAUGGCUAGCGAAGGAGGGGAUGGUUCAAAGAAGGAGUAA